AUGGCUGAGGCAUACAUUGAGAAGCAGUUGGCAAACGCCCGCGGAGAUGAUGAGGACGUGUGGAAGGAGGUGCAAACCUUGCACAACAGAAAGCUGUGGCAUCAGCUUUCUGUCAAGAUCACAGAGAUGCUGUCCAGCGACUUGUUUGCGUCAGGCGGCAUGGUCGAGUUGCACGACAGCUUCAUUGUCCACUUCUACGACAGAAUCAACCUGCAGACAUAUGCAAAGAUGUGCCUGACCGUGGCCACCCAGUACGAGAGCCCACACGAUGCACUCGCGUUCUUCGAGCAGUGCCUUGAGCGGGUAUCUGGGGACGCCCUUGCGCGCGUGUGCAUCAUCUCGGCCAUGGCGGAGCUCCACCUCCUCCUCAACCAAACCGACGUUACAAAGGCAAAGUUGAAGGAGGCAGAGGCGCUGCUCGAGGAGCAGGCCGGCGUCACGGAGAUGCACGCAAACUUCUACCGCGUCGCCGCAGAGUACUACAAGAACCAGGGCGUGUACCACGAGUUUUACACGAAUGCACUGCGCUAUCUCGGCUGCAUUGAGCUCGACACGCUCGGACCUGAGCAGCAGGUGCAGCGCGCGUUUGAUCUCGCCCUCGCCGCCAUUUUGGGCAAGGGUGUCUACAACUUUGGCGAGCUGCUUGCCCACCCGAUCCUGGAGAGCCUGCGCUCGACAUCGAAGGAGUGGCUCAUCGACCUCCUUUACGCCUUCAACAGCGGUGACCUUGCCAAGUUUGAGUUUCUGCAGCCGCAGUGGGGCAGCGACCCAGACCUCAAGGCCAAUGAGAGCGUGAUGCAAGAGAAGAUCCGGCUGCUUGCGCUGAUGGAGAUGGUGUUCCGCGCGCCGGCGAACAACCGCCGUCUCGCCUUUGACGCCAUUGGCGACGCCACCAAGACCCCUGUCGACCAGGUUGAGAUGCUUGUGAUGAAGGCGCUGUCGCUGGGGCUGGUCCGCGGCUCCCUCGAUGAGGUGGACAGCGUCGCCGUGCUCACGUGGGUGCAGCCAAGAGUGCUGAGUCAGCAGCAGGUGGAGGCGAUGGCCACCCGCUUCAACGCCUGGACGGCGACGGUGGACCAAACCGCCUCUGCCAUGGAGACGCGGGCCCCCGAGCUCUACGCGCUGUAA